AGUGUGGCAUCGUCGAGGAGCGUUUGCAGCGCCAUCUUAGAUCUAGCUCAAAGAAGAAGAAGAAGAAGAUGCGGCGAGGAGGACUCUCUCGUUUCCUCGAUAGUUUCGAUAGAUUGACGCGGUAUCAAGCCGAUCUAGGAUCAGUGACGAGUUAUUAUUCCCUCGCAUCGUACGACCGGAGUCGUACCCGUCAUGGCAUUUGUAAACGGAAGUAUUACAGAUUUCGUGGCAUCAAAGGUUCGACGAUACGUCGUCGACCCGGACCGCUUGGUCAACUUCUCGUAUUCAUUGCGAGCAAAUUGGCGGUUUGUACGAGGGCCAUGGUCCUACUUCCGUCUUGGUACAUAUUCGAUCGCAUCAUAUCGAUUUUUUUUCAAAGAAGGCAAUUGAAAAACGCACAGUGCGGACCAUCUCUCGACUGGAGCAGUUCUGUAUCUGCUCGGGUCCAGACUCAGAAAGAAGACAAUACGGAAGUUGGCAAUUUUAUAAACGUCAUGAGACCUUCCGCCGUCCAGCUCAUUGCUGACACAACGAUCCUGAAGCGAUGGCUUCAAGCAGUUACUCUGACCGCCAAACCGCCGUCCCCGGAACUCGUCAGCGCAACGCGAACCACGGAAACCAUCGAUUGCUGGGCGUACGAGCUCUUUUUUCAUCUCAAAUAUCUGCAAGUCAACCGCGCUCGUAACGUCGAAAAAGCAUCCGGAGUCGAGGAGCCUUCGAGAGUGGACGACGAAGUGACCCACAUAAACCUCUGGCAUCGAUUAGUUCAGCUUCGGGACAACUACAUUAUUCUGUACGAGACAUUGUACGACGAGCCAAAGAUUCACGAAACGAUGCUACCGACCUAAAAAAGAAAAAAGCCAACUGAAAGGACACGAGAAAAGAAGAAAAGAACAGGCAAACGUUUUGUACGAUGAUAAAUCGUUUGAAAACUCUGUGAAUUGAUCUUAUCAUCCCGCUUCUUAUUUACCAUUGAUCGUAUCUCGGGAGUCUCGAAUGUAGCACAAUGAAAAAGAAAAUAAGCGAACAAAAAAACGAACGGGAUUCCGAAGCGAAAAUUUUGAGACGUCGAAUAAACCGGCUGAGAAAAACAGUAGAAAAUAA